AUGUUUCUUGCUGAAGAAAACAAGAAUUAUUUUAUUAUCCUAAUUCCUAGAGAAUUCAUAAUAGGAAUGUUGGGGAAUGGAUACAUUGCACUAGUUAACUGGAUUGGCUGGAUUAAGAAGAAAAAGCUCUCCUCAAUUGACUUAAUCCUCACCCAUCUAGCUAUUUCCCAAAUUUGCUUGAUGGAUGCAAUGGUUCUGCGUGGCAUAUUAAUAGUACUUCACACAGAUGUUUAUGAAAGUAACAAACUCAUGAUUGUAAUUUAUGCCUUCUGGACAUGCGCCAACUACUUAAGUUUGUGGUUUACCACUUGCCUCAUAUCUUCUAUUUUUCUUAAGAUAGCAAAUUUCUCCCUUUUUCUCUGGCUGAAGUGGAAAAUUGAGGUGGAUCACUGGAUCCUGAUGGGGUGCCUUGCCAUUUCCUUGCUGGUCAGCUUUAUAAUAGCAUUGGUACUGAAUUUUGAUGAUAGGUUUUGUAAAGUUGCACAACAUCAAAGAAACAACACUGAAAUGUUCCAUGUGAGAAACUCCUCAUACUUGGAGCCAGUAACUCUCUUUCGCCUGCUUGCAAGUGUUCCAUUUACUGUGUCACUGAUCUCACUGUUGCUUUUAGUAAGAUCCCUGUGGAGACAUACUAAGCAAAUGAAACUCCAUGCCACAGGCUAUCGCGACACCAGCACAGAGGCCCAUGUGAGAGCCGUAAAAGUCAUGACGUUUCUCUUCUUCCUUUUUAUAUAUUAUGUGUUUUCUCUUUUGCUGACCUUUAGUUAUUUUAUGACAGAAUACAAGUUAGUCAUGAUGUUUAGUGAGAUUUUAACAACUCUCUACCCACUGGGUCAUUCGCUUAUUUUAAUUAUUGUAAGUGACAAGUUGAGGCAGGCAUCUUUCAGAAUGCCCAUGUGGAGAAAAAUAGCCCGCGAGAGGGGAGAUCUUAGUUUUACAAAUGGACUUGGAAAGCAAAUCUUAUUACCUAAUUUUAAAAAUACAACUCUCUUAUAG